AUGUCUCUUGUUGACUCUUCGGCGCCUAUCAGUGAAAGUGUGUCGCAUCUGUCAAACACAGCCAAUUUUGGUCUUUCCAAGCAUCUUACCGUACCAAUUUCCAUCAAGGUAUGCUAUCUUCAUCCAUCAAACACAAACUCGCAUAGCGUUGCCUCCAGCUCGCAGAAAUACAAGGAUGCCUUCGUGUUCCAGAAACUUCUGAACAUCAGCAUCAAUUCAGACUUGUUUUUGCGUGUGCAAGUCUUUGACGAAAACCACAAUGCGCUUUCUUUGCCCGUUCAAACACCCUACAAGGCAUUUUCCAACAAUAAGCGCAUAUGGGACAGUUCCUUAAAACUUCCCGUCAACUUCAACCAGGUGAGUUACGGGUCAUAUCUUGAGUUCACGCUUUUGGAGAUUGUGCAAACGAAGGAGUGUGUUUUCGGCAUGGGCCGAUUGUCUUUGUUCAAUCAUGCGAAUAGCACUCUCCGAAAGGGCUCCUACAAGAUUGCAAUCGGCCCUGAGCCAGGAAAAGUGGACUAUUUCGAUUCCGAGAGCACCACGGAGCUCGAACGCAGCAUUGUCCGCCACGAAAAUGGCGAUUUUCCUCGUAGUGCUUGGCUAGACUCUCUUACGUUGCCUGUUGUGGAUAAAUUGAGAUCAGAAUCUACACCAGCACAAACACAAAACGUUUCAGCUAACAAGGUCGCGCCAUACUACCUAUACAUUGAGCUUCCCAACUUCUCCUUACCCAUCGUGUACCUGGACAUCACGUAUUCUCGGCCGAAUGUGUUUUUCCUGACUGAUUACAUGGACGGGGCCAUUCCUGGCACCCCAGGCGUAACGGUUGUCAUCAACAGCAUAGAAAUUAACUCGCCCGGCGGUCUGGAUUUUGCCAAAGUUUACGAUCCAGACUUCGAGACGGGCACGAUCCAGAAAUUCAACCAUAUCGAGCUAGAACAGACCCUGUCGGCCACACCCCGCGGAUCGGGUGUGGCAGGGCCCUCUAUGGCCGAGAUGGAUCCAAUCGAGCGAAAGUUCCAGACUUUGGCGACAAACAUCAACAAUACUUCGCUUCUAGAUAAAGAGGUCAAACCUUCGCCGCACAUGCGAGACGAGCUCUGGAAAAUCUUGAAAAUGCCAUCCAGCGCUGUACUAAGCGACCAUGAGAAAAAGCUAUUGUGGAAAUUCCGCUUCUACUUUUCCAAAAACACUCUUGCUGAUGAUCUGGGUGCAGCGGCGCCCCUGCAAACAACAAAACAUUUCUUGACCAAGUUUCUCAAGUGCUUCAACUGGGAGAACGAGUACGAGCUCGAUCACGCAUUCCAGGAGAUAUUUCCUCUUUGGACUGUUGACAAAAUUGAGAUUGGCGAUGCCCUAGAGCUUUUGAGCAACAACUUCGACCCUUACACAUUGACCGCAGCCUUGCGGAGGAGAAUGGUGGCCACAGUAAACUCCAAUGCAAAAGAUGUUAAUACCAAUGAGGAAAAGAAAAUUGAGAAGAUAUUCAAGUAUUCCAAACAGCUCCGAAUGUUCGCUGUGGACAGAAUUCGCUUGGCCAGUCCCGAUGAGUUGCUUUUGUACUUGCUUCAGCUUGUGCAAGCGCUCAAAUACGAGUCUCUUCUGACUUCGAAAGAAACGCUAUUGAGUGAAGCUCCUCUUGCCCAGUUUUUGAUAGAGCGAUCCGUUGAAAAUGGCCACCUAGGCAACUUCUUCUAUUGGUAUGUCAAAGUGGAAAACGAGGAUCAACUUAACAGGACGGGCACACAAAAACCACCGGACAACUCCAUCUAUUCUGUGGUAUUGAACACUUACAUUGAGCGCCUCAAGAACCAUUGUAUCGCCACGAAAAAACCAGAGUACAAGUACUUAAAGAGGCAGAUUGCGUUUAUUAAGAAGCUCACGAGUCUUGUGGAGUUACUUCGGUCUACAUUUAAGAAAAACGAAGCUACAGCAAAGAAAAAACAAUUUCUUCAGGAGUACUUGGCGGAUAGCUCCAAUGAAAUGCUCAAGUUUCCUGACCCUUUCCCUCUUCCUUUGGAUCCUUCCGUGAUGGUUUGCGGAUGCUACCCGGCAGACUCUUCUGUUUUUAAAAGUUCCUUGGCUCCGUUGAAGAUUGCCCUUAAAACUGUGACAAACCACAAAGAAACCCCACAAGUGUCACAGAUCUUUGGCACAAAGAAGAACAAGUACGGAAAGUACUCUCUCAUGUUCAAGAUUGGCGAUGAUCUUCGCCAGGACCAGUUGGUGAUCCAAAUUAUCACUUUGAUGGACCAGUUGCUCAAAAACGAGAACUUGAACUUGAAGCUUACCCCCUACAAGAUUUUGGCCACAAGCCCCAUCGCCGGCCUUAUUCAGUUUGUACCGAACGAAACGCUUGAUGAAGUGCUCUCCAAUAAUUAUCCGGAGCUCGGUCCUCUUUCCAACAUUAACUCAAAUGGAAUCUUGAACUAUCUCCGUGUUCAUAGUCGCCGGAAAGAAGAAGACGAGCCAGAACAGGGAAGUGCUCCAGAUGUAAACAACACAGCCACUAGCUUCCUUCAGCAAAAGUCGACAGUCACUUCCGAUUUGGGAGUCUCGCCUACAAUAAUGGAUAAUUACGUCAAGUCUUGUGCUGGGUACUGUGUCAUCACAUACAUACUUGGAGUUGGUGACCGGCAUUUGGAUAAUUUGCUUCUUUCACCAAACGGGAAGUUCUGGCACGCCGAUUUUGGUUACAUUUUAGGGCGUGAUCCUAAACCUUUUCCUCCGCUCAUGAAAUUGCCCAUUCAGGUUAUUGACGGAAUGGGAGGAAUGAACCAUGAGAAUUUCAAUAUCUUCAAAAGUUACUGUUUCAUCACAUACACCACUCUCCGCAAAAACAGCAAUUUGAUUCUUAAUUUGUUCCAGUUGAUGCUCAACGCCAACAUUCCUGAUAUCCAGAUUGAUCCAAAGCGGGCUGUGGAAAAGGUUCAGGAGAAGUUUGCCCUUGACAUGACAGAAGAAGAAGCCAUCUUGCAUUUUCAGAAUCUCAUUAUUGACAGUGUCAACGCAUUUUUGCCUGUUGUUAUUGAUACACUUCACAGCUUGGCACAGUAUUGGCGAGCAUAA